AGAUGCAGACACGACAUGUCUGACAAGGAAAAGGAGCUUUGCCCACGAUUGAUAGAUUACCUUGUUGUGGUUGGAAAACGAAACAGAACAAGGAAUGCAAGCAAAAAUAGUACAGAUGGUCCCAUCCAUACAUCAAUAACAUAUCCGGAAAUACUGAGGAGGUAUCCAACAGACGACCACAAGGAUUUCGUUUUGCCGACGGAUGUGACCGUAUUUUGUCAGCCUGAAGGAUGCCUGACAUUGAAUGCUCACUCCAGGCGAGGCCAGUCACGCGAUCCGCAAUUUUUUGUAUUCAUGUUAACCGAAAAGGAUUCGGCGAAAAUUCGAUACGGUGUUUGCCUAAAUUUCUACCAAUGUUCGGAAAAGAGACAACUCAACACAGAACGUGGUGCAACGGGAAAGAAAGGGAAGGACCACGCCGUAUCGUUGACUAGCCUCUGUCUGAUAUCCCAUCAUCCUUUUGUCUCCAUCUUCCAUGACCUACUCGUAUUGCUAAAACAGAUAAUUGAUAGCUGUAGUCAUCGUGCCACCCAAAAGACGGGCAUGAAAGAUGUUGUUUGGUCCGUUCUCACUGGUCAUUGGCAAGAUGCUAUUCCUCCAGACGCUAUGCGAGAAAUCAAGGAAAUCGAAACAUGGAUUUUAAUGCUACUGAGCUCACCGGUACCAGUACCAGGCAAGACGAAAGUACAGCUUGAGGUGAUGCCAUCUGAUAUCUCUCCAAUUUUCGAAUUUGCUCUGCCUGAUCAUACACGAUUUUCGCUCGUUGAUUUUCCUUUACAUCUACCAUUCGAGCUAUUAGGAGUCGAUACCGCUGUUCGCGUUCUGGCAGCCAUCAUGCUCGAGUUCAAGGUUGUGAUCCAAUCUCGAAAUUACAAUGCUGUCAGCAUGUGUGUAUUAUCAUUAGUGCACCUCCUCUAUCCGCUUGAGUACAUGUUUCCGGUGAUACCAUUGCUGCCAGCCUAUAUGCCCUCGGCGGAGCAGCUCCUUCUUGCUCCAACACCGUUCGUUAUUGGUGUACCGGCGUCGUUCUUUGCCCACAAGAGGAUCAAGGAAGUGCCCAGCGAUGUUAUUCUCGUAGAUUUAGACGCAAAUCACAUAACUGUGCCUGAUGAGCUGUUUAUCCCGAAUUUGCCCGAACCGGAUGUUUCAACGUUAAAGAAUAGUCUUCAUGCUGCUUUGAGCAGAAUGAGCAUGACGAUGAACGACGAACGACGUGGGAGUGUGGAAGCUUCCUAUGCUGUAGAUGCUGACAUUGUUGAUGUCUGUUGCAGAGUUGCCAUGGUCAAGUUCUUCAAUUCCCCCAACGUCUUUGGAGACUUUUCGGAGCACACAAGAACUCUUCGACUGUAUCCUAGACCAGUAGUUGCUUUGCAGUCUGAGUCGUUUCUUAGGAGUCGACCUCAGUGUACGCAGUUCAUCACCGAAUUAUGCAGGACACAAGCUGUGGAAUACUUUGCGGAAUGUUGUCUCUGCCCAAAAAACGAGACGUUCGUUAGAGUACAAGCAGGUAUUGAAAGUCCUACGCAGAUUGGAGAUAAGGCGAAAUGGUUCAGCGAAUCCUUGAUGCCCGUGCACUUCAUGGUCUACCCAAAUGAAUCUUCGCUCUGUGCUGCAUACUAUGCUUACAGUAGGGAAAGCGGUGUUGAAUCAGACAGCGACGACAAUGAGUCGAGAUCUAUAGAUAGCUCGUCGAGCAUUGAUGAUUUGGUAUUUGAUGGACCCGAUGAAGCUAGUGAGCGUGAUAUCAUCAUUAAACCACUUGCCGAAGUGAAUGAUGUCUAUAAGGAGCCAUUGACUUUGGAGCUUCCGCCUAGCGAUAGUGCUGCUUCGAUUGGUAGUUCCAUUAGUAGUGGAAGGUCUAGUCCGGCUUCUUCACUUUCCGCCUCGGCUAUUGAUAGUGAAGCUGAUUUUGCGAGACUGGCUGAGAAUCUUGCUUUGAAAUCUGAUUCCAAGGGUGCAUUUUCCUUUGAUCACGGAGAUGAUGAGGACUUCGAAACGACGCCAGUAUCGCAGAGAAGAAAGCCGAUAUCAAGUGAAGUAAGCACUCCAACGUCAGUGAAAACACCUCCGUUGAAGGGAAUGCGGAUCAAAGGCUUAUCGACCCUGACUGACUCGGGUGAAAAGGUUUUGGGUCCAACGUUCAUGAGUGCAAUAAACGGGUAUGCCGAAAGGAGCCAAGAUAUAUUCAGUCAGGUGCUCAACAAAACUGCUCCGAAGGCUCAAGCUCUACGUGAAAGGACAAUGAGACCUUUGGCUGCGGCAGCGGCGACGAAGAUGGAACAGAGUCAGCAUCUUGUGAAGAGCAAAACAGCUGGAAAUCAGACUAGCUCUCAAGCAGCUUCGCAACAGAGUAAAAACCAGCAAACAGUUCGUGAAAUCUGCGAUCAGGUGCUGUCUGGGCAAGGCGUUGGCGUGUUCACUUAUCCAAAAUUGAAACGGUUAAUGGAAGACGAAAGCUUGAGGGAAUUGGUUUGUUCGAAGCUGAACUUAGGCCUGGAUCAUCGUUUGACGGACGAAGAUUAUGUAAAAGAAAUUGCACUGAGCAGAGUUCAGUACAAGGGCUACGUUCGCGUUCUGCAAGCGUGCAUCGCAGGAAUUGAGGUAUCCUUUAACACUCCUGGAUGCUGCGGAUUGGCUAGCGUGUUUCAUGUACUAGAGAUAGCUCAUACACAUUACUGGUGCAAAGGUAGCGACAUCACAUCUCCAUCCAGUUCCACUCCAAGCACAUUGGUCACUCCGUCAGCUUCAUCUCCAGAUCUCAAAGAAUUAGGAGAUCGCUCGAGCAGACCCAAGCUCCCCACAUCUUCUGUAGAUACUCGAAUGCCAACAGUGCCGGUCGGUCAAGCCAACCAGGCCAACCAGGCUAAGCAGGCUAGCGUUAACGGAUCAUCGCUGAAGGUGACACCAUCUGGGUCAGAGUCGUCGGAGAUGUCAACGCCUGUUCCGCUGGCUCCUCCUCCCCUCCCACCACGCGAUGGCCCACCUCCUGGACCUCCACCUCGUCCACCACCAGUACCACCGCACCCUGCGUCUUCUGCGCCGAUCCAGAACGGACCACCUACGAUACCACCUUCACUUCCGCCUCCACCGUUACCACCAAGUACGAUCGCAGGUCCGCCGAAAGUCCCGCCACCAGAACGGAGACCUCCACCGGCGCCACCAGAGCGAAGACCUCCGCCGGUGCCGCCAAGGCCAGUGUCGUCUGGUUCAGCCGAAUCCAGCGGCGACGCGUCGAGGACCGGAAGCACCGGUUCUUUGAGGGUACCACCCAACAGUCUACCAGUGGGGAAGGCGGAGCCACAAAGAGUUCCAGCUACUCCUUUGGAGCCCACACGGCAUUAUAUCUAUCAGGAUUUGAUACUCCCCGCACAGAAUCCUCUUUGGCAAAAAGUCGUGUUUUGGGAAAAUGCUUUUGUUGACGUGGUAGCACAAGAACGGGAUAUUGUUGGCAUGGAUCAAGAACCCUCCGAGAUGAUUGACAGGUAUGCGGCAUUGAGCGAUUCUGAAAAGAAAAGGCUAGAACUGGAAGAAGAUCGUCUACUUUCUACUCUCCUUCACAAUUUGACUGCUUAUAUGAUAAUGUGUGGAACAGGGCAGAAAGCUAUACAGCAGAAAAUCCGUCGACUUUUGGGGAAAGCUCAUAUCGGGCUUGUAUGCUCGAAAGAGAUUAACAAGCUUCUCGAUGAACUUCCACAAACGCAAGGCAACUCUAUCCCGCUCAAACCAUUGGGGAGUCGAUUAGUGCAAAAACACUCCUUUACAGUGCAUGCUGGGUCAAGUUCGCAGGAUGACAUGAUGUUUAUGGAGGUAUGCGAUGAUGCCGUCGUACUUCGAGCAGUAACCGGUGCAGUUGCAGAACGUUGGUGGUAUGAACGACUUGUGAAUAUGACUUACUCGCCUAAAACAAAGGUACUCUGCUUAUGGCGACGGCACGAGGAUAAAGUCCACAUGCAUAAGUUCUAUACAAAGAAAUGCAGAGAGCUUUACCAGUGUGUGAAAAACGCCAUGGAACGUGCAGCGGCUCGUGGACGAGUUUCGGUAGAGGGUCGGGCUCUUGGUGGAGAGUUUCCUGUCCAUGAUACUGAAACAAAUCAGGGUGGAUUGCUUCAAGUCCGCUGUGAUGGGGUAGCUGUCAUCUUUGCCAAUAGCCAGCAAUUCAUCGAUCUCGCAAACAUAAAAAAGUGCAAUACAUUUGGUGGUAACGUCUUUCUCCUCGAGGAAUUUGAUCGGAAGAAGAAUGAACUCGUGCAACGACGAUACUACUCUCAAAUGGCACCCUCGAUUGCAUGGGCAUUGCACCGAGUGUUUAGUGUACAAUUUGCUGCCGGUGGUGCUCCUCCAGAGAAAAUUCACCCUCUUGUCGAUAUUGAAUGUACAAAAUAAGGCACGAAUGACUCGUCAUCUCAUGCAGGCUGAUCAGAUUUGUUACGCGGUGCUAUGUGUGUUCAGCUUCGCAGCAGCUGGUCACAAGAAACCAGAAUGAUAAAUUUGUAGUCAUUUUCCACAAAGAAUUUUCUCAAGUUUUAUCUUUUACUGUAGUUUGUGCUUAGCUUCCGUAGCUUUAACAUAUGUUUACCAAACUAGACAUAUUCACUUCUCUUCAUGUGAAUCGUGUAUGUAUUUAUGUCGGUGUCAUCGCUAGAGCAAUCUUUUUUUUAGUUUGCCGUUUAUGUCCUGAACGUUAUACUAUUUCUCAUUCACCCGUUAAUAUUUCAUCGUACUUUGUACAUAGAAAUUGUAUUUAUUAAGCGUUUUUGGGUAUAUUUCUCUGCAAAUCUUACAUCUACUCUGCUGUUGUGAACGUCUAGUCCUUAUUUGUAAAUAUGUUAUUAUGUUAGCAUUUUGUGAUCCAAAAUUUAGAAUGGCGCCCAGCCUGCAGCAUAGUCUUGUAGGAAUCUAGGAUAAAUCACUUUCACAUUGGUCCAUUGUCAGUGUAACAUCCAGUAAUCAUGAAAAGUCUGCAA